GAAGGUGAACUCUGCCUGUCAGACGCAGCAGCAAGUAGCGACAACGCCAGUCACUGUCUGAUAUUUAGGUUACGACAGAUGUUCAACAGCUUUUAGGACCCGCGGCAGAGCAAUACCAGCAUUAACGCGACACAGUGCAACAGAGACGUUAAACAACGUGACGUCACGAGGGUCACUACCAGGGUGCGCUAACGUUAGCUAGCUGGUGGAUGAUCAUUGACAAAGUUCUGCAUUCAGCCUGGAAACAGUGUUUACAGACUCGUGAGAAACUUCCGCAGUUUGACACAGUGAAUACUAAACAUGGCCCUCCUGAAGCUGGCAGACGUGGCCAUCACCUCAAUCAACCCUUGACACGCACCGAGUAACGUUGGCUGAAAUUAACCAGCUUCAAAACGGCACCACCGGCGGAGAAGCUGGACUCCGCAUCUAGGUCCAAGAUGGAGUUAGCAGCGGCUCACCCAGCUCUCAAAGCCUUUAUGUGUGGCUCUCUCAGCGGGACCUGCUCUACACUGCUCUUCCAGCCUUUGGAUCUGAUCAAGACACGGCUGCAGACCCUGCAGAACAAUGCCAAGCCGGGUGCACCAAAGGUGGGGAUGUUUACCAUUUUAAUCAACAUUAUCAGGACAGAGAAUUUCUUCAGUCUGUGGAAGGGAGUUACACCAUCAUUUGUGCGCUGCAUCCCGGGCGUGGGCAUCUACUUCAGCACCUUCUACUCCCUGAAGCAGCACUACUUCCUGGAGCGGGCGCCCAACGCUGGCGAGGCUGUUCUGCUCGGAGCGGGCGCCAGAGCAGUGGCUGGUGUCUGCAUGCUGCCGUUCACUGUCAUCAAGACACGCUUUGAGAGUGGCUGUUACAACUAUGUGAGUGUGGUAGGAGCUCUGAGGAGUGUGUAUGAGACGGAGGGAAUCAGGGCUCUGUUCUCAGGGCUGACUGCCACGCUGCUCCGAGACGCUCCGUUCUCCGGCAUCUACGUCAUGUUCUACAGCCAGGCCAAGAAGGCGCUGCCUCAAGAGGUGACGUCGUCGCCCUAUGCCCCGCUGGUGAACUUCAGCUGUGGGAUGGUGGCGGGCGUCAUGGCGUCGCUGGCCACACAGCCAGCGGACGUGGUGAAGACCCACAUUCAAAUCAGACCAUCCCACUGGAGCACGACAGAUGCUAUCCGCUACAUCUACACGGAGCACGGCACGGGCGGGUUUUUCCGUGGGGCUGUCCCCAGGUCUCUGCGUCGCACCCUGAUGGCGGCUAUGGCUUGGACUAUCUACGAACAGCUGAUGGCUCGAAUGGGCCUCAAAUCCUGAAGAGCACCACUGACGAGCCACAAUAAAACAGGAUGAAGUAUGAGGGAUAAUCAGAUGCAUUAUUUUCUCACAGAAAGCCUCACGAAUGAAGAAAAGGGAUCCGAGGAGCUGACGGUGAACCAUCGCGACCAAGUUUUUCAGAAUAGUGUGUGUGUCUUUUGAGAAUGUGACGUUACCUGACACACUCAUAAUGGCAAUCUUGGGCUGAAGUGACACUUCCUGCUGUGAAGUGAACUUAUUCCUCCUCUCACUAUUCAUGUUUGGACACCCUGAGGUCUGACUGCCACUAAAAAGAAAAAGGCUCAGUGACUGUGCUGUGAUGAGGUAUUUUUAAAAUGCCGUCAAGACGACUGGUACUCGAAGCAAUGCAGAGAGAAGCGCUCUGGCUUCUGCCAUAUUUUCAAAACUUGCAUAAGAUUGAGCAAUGUUUCUGACUUUCUGCCAAUUAACAAGCAGACUUAGAUUUGAUUUGGCUCAGACAAUAACAAGUGCUCACACGGCUGCAUUAUUGGAAGAAAAACACAAUAAAGCCAUUUGUUGCCAACUAUA